CUGAUUAAAAUUCAAGGAAUCUGAUUAAAAUUUGAUGAAAAUCGUCUCAUUUUAAUCGAUUUUUAAUCACAAAAAAAUCGAUUAAAAUCCCGUUUUUUCUUGAUUUAUUUUUACAUGGGUAAAGUUAUAGUAAAAUGUCUAUAACUCUAGACUGAAGAUCUAAACGAACUUAUCCUGUUGGGAUUUUUCAUGUAUCACUCAAGUCUAUCUUAUUCGCAGAGUUCAAAUUCGAAAUCGAUUGAUCAGUUGGAAAACGUUGCCUCGUCAAUCUCUUUGUGUGAGACAAACUGUCUCUGACCGUCUGUCAAACUUUUAGCUCCUUCCACUUCGAAAAGCUAUUCGAGAGUCCUGAUUCUGAUCACCGUGAUACGAUACCAUACACAAUACUAUGUUACUUUUCACCAUAAGUCGUCAGUUCGUUUUACGAACUAUUUUUUUCUGUAGUAAAUAAUUAUCGUUUCUUCUACUAUUUUCAGCGUGUUAUCAGCCUACGAAAAAUGAUGACGUAAAGAUCUGAGCUUAUGUCGCUUUACAACCGUUUAUGAUGCUGUUUUCUAGGAGCCCAGAGAUCAAAUAAGUACAGUCAUAGAUGGCUAUUGUCGAUGUUUGUUUGCUCUGUAUGAUAAGCGCAGUAUGACAACCAUGUUUUUCUGUAUGGUAAACGGUCGGAUACUCGAUUUUCAGGCCGUUAUCAACUGUAUACGUCAUGAUGAAAUACGGUCGUAAUACUGCAUUUACGAAACAACAAUUUACAGCUAUUUACGACUGUAAAGUGCAUGAAACGACAAUAUACAGUACCAUUUAUGGACGUCUCGAGGUCGUCUAUAUAUCGUAUUUUCAUUAAAUACGGUCAUAAAAUAUCAGUCUAGAUUAUAGUUAAAAUACAGUGUGUGAACAAAUCAUCUAUGAUCAUUUACGUACGGAUGUCUCAUUCUAUAUGGCUAACAAUAAGAAUAGCCUAAAAUCAUCGAUCCAGGAAUUUUCUAAAGAAAAAACAAAAAAAAAAGUUUUAUUUAAUUAGGUUUGAUUUGAUUAAUAAUGAUGAAUUAUCAUUUUCAUAUUAUCGUUCAUGGCGUUGGUUUAUAUCGAUAAUUGAAUCUCCAUCAAAUUUAAUAAAUCGUCGUCUUCAUUUAAUAAUAGCAUGGCCAUAUAUUCGUACAAUAUUUUUAAAUACUACAAUAAAUUCUUUAUUCGUCGAACAAAUAAAACAAAUUGAUGAACAAUAUAUGAAAAUACAAAAUGAAUUUUUUCAAUUUUAUAAUUAUUAUCAAAAUCAAAUACAUAAUUUAAUAAAAACAAAAUCUGAAUAUGAAUUUUUAUGUCAACGUUAUCAAAUUUUUCAUCAAAUUGAUUUAUUUAAUGAUAAUAAAACAGAAAAAAAUUUAGAAAAACAUUUACAAUAUUGGUUUCAUUAUGAUAAACAAUUAAUUUAUUAUUUUCAACAAUUAAAACAAUCUCAGGAUAAUAAUAUAAAUAUUCUAAAAGAAAUUGAAACAAGUUGGAAUGAAUUAAAAUAUUCUUCAACAAUAUUUGAUCGUGAUAUAUUAUUUUAUAAUACAUUUGAAUCAAUUCUUAGUUAUGAAUAUCAAUGGAUAAAUUCAUAUAUUCAUAAAAAUUCUUCAUUAUUUCCAUUUAUUUCAUUAUCAAUUCCAUUUAAUAAAGAAGAAAAUUUCGAUGAAUAUUUUUGUAAAUUAAUAUCAUAUUCAAUAAAUCCAUCAAUAAAUGAAAUUUAUAUUGAAAAAUGGCUUGAACAAACAAAUUCAACAUCAUUAUUAUAUUAUUUUAAUAUACAUUCAUCAAAUGUACCAUUUGGUUUAUAUGAUAAAGUUUAUCAACAAAUAAAUUAUUGGUCGAAAUUCUAUUGGCUAAAUGGUUCAUUUCUUGAAUGUAAUCGAUCAAAAUUUGAAAAUUUUAUUAAAAAUUGUUUAGAUAAUCAUGAAAUUAAUUCUGAAAUUAAUCUUUCAUUAGAAUUAAUUGAACAAAGUUUAAAUAAAAUUGAAUUAAUUUAUCCACGUGGUGAUAUUGAUCCAAUUAUAUAUGAACAAAUAAUAAAUGAUUAUAAAAUAAAAUUUCAAAAUGAAAUAAAUUAUGAAUAUAAUUUAAGAAUUGAAUGUCAACAAGAAUAUGAUUAUUCAUUUAAUAAAAUAAUUCAUCAAUGGGAUAAACAAAUGAAAUUUAUUUUAAAUCAAUUAGAUAUUCAACAAUAUAAUUAUUAUCGUUUUAAUAAUGAUCAAUAUCAAUUAUUAAUUAAUUAUUUAAAUAAACAAUUAAUUAAUAAUUUAUUAAAUAAAAAUUUCUUAAUUGAACAAAUUUAUAAAAAAAAUGAAAAAAAAAUUUAUCAACAAUGGAGAAAAAAUAUUGUUGAAUUUUAUAGAAAUUUUAUUUUAUCAGAUAAAUUUUAUAUUUAUAGAGAUAUAACAAUACCUUUAAUGAAACAAGUUUUUCAAAUUGUUUUGGCUUUUGAUUAUCAUUUUCAAUCAAAUAAUCAAAAUAGAAAAACUAUUUUUAAUUAUUGUCUUUUACCAUAUGGAUUAAAUAAUUAUAAUUUAUUUGAUAUUGCACAAGAUUUAUUUCAAAAACGAACAUAUGUUCAACAAAAUAUGACAACCGAUCAAUCAGUUUCAUCAGUUACAUUAAAACCAUUAAAACGUUAUAGAAAACAUUUAAUAUUAUCUCUUAAUGAACUUUCUUCAAAUCUUUCAUCAUCUAAUUCAUCAUCAUCAUCAAUGUGGCUUGUUCAUUAUUAUAAUUAUAUUAAUAAUUAUAUUAAUCGAUUAGAUCUUUCUUAUUUAACAAAUUUAAUUUCAAAAACAAUAACAUCAAAAUCAAUUAUAUUUUAUAAUGAUAUUCAUUUAUUAAGUGAACAAUUAUUAUAUCGAUUUGUUUAUUAUCAUCAUUGUACAUCACAAAUUUAUUUAUCAUUAAGUAAUACAUUUAUAACAUUAUUACGUGAUGGUUUUGAAAUGCCACCAGAAGAUACAGAAAAAGAUCAAAAUAAUCAAGAACAAAAAACUGAAGGUGGACCAUCGGGAAUGGGCGAUGGACAAAUUGAUAAAGAUGCUAAAGAUGUUUCAGAUCAAAUUGAAACAGAAGAUCAAUUAGAUGAAGCUAAAAUGCCUGAACAACAACAAGAUAAUGAACAAAAUACAGACGAACAACAAAAUGUUGAUGACGAAAAAAAUGGUAUUGAAGUUUCAUUUGAUUUUGAAGCACCUAUGGAAGAUCCAUCAAAUGGAGAAAACGAAGAAAAUGAUGAAGAAAAUGAUAAUGAAAGUGAAUCAAAUGAUGAUAAUAUUGAUGAUCAAAUGGGAGAUGUUAAUGAAGAUGAACAAGGAGAAAUUUUCGAUGAAAAAAAAUGGGGUGAUGAACAAGAAGAACAAGAAGAAGAAGAAGAAGAAGAAGAUGAAAAAAAACAAAAUGAAACUGAUAAAUCAACUGGUAAAGAUAAACGAGAACAUGAUGGUCUAUCAGCUAAAGAUGAUCAAUUAGAUUUAAAUGAAGAAUCAAUUGAUGAAAAUCCUGAAAUAAAUAAUAAUAAUAAUAUUGAAGAUCAACCACCUGAAACAACACAAAAUGAUUUAAAUUCUGAAGAACAAGAAGCAUUAGAACUUCCAGAAAAUAUGGAUUUAGAUGGUGGAAAUGAUGAAAAAGAAGAAGAAAAUCUAAAUGAUUUAAAUCUUCCUGAAGAUGAAAAUAAUGAUUUAAAAAAUGAAGAAAAUCUUGAUAAAAAUGAACAAUCCGAUGAAGAAGAAACUAAUGAUAAUAAUAAUGAAAAUCCAAAUUCAAUUCAAAAUCAAAUAAAUGAUCUUCCAGAAAAUCUUCCUGAACAACAAUUAGAACAAUCAGCUUUAACACAAGAUAAAACAUCAAAUAUUGAUUCAAUGAAUCAACAAACUGAACUUCAACAAACUUUUGCUAAUGCUGAAACAUUUGAAGAACAAGAAAAACAACAACAAAAUACUGGUGAAUCAUCAUCAAAACAAACUUCUAAAACUCAACAAAUAUCAUCAUCUAAUCAAGAAAAUCAAUUAACGCAAGAAUUAAAUAAAGAUAUUCAAUCAGAUAAUAUUAAUAAAUCAUCAAAUCAAUCAAAUGAACAACGUACAUUAAGUGAAAUAGCAUCAUUUAUUGAUCAAAAUAUAAAAGCAGCAUUUGAUAUUGAACAUAUUGAAGAUAAUAAUAAUAUUCAAGAUGAUUUACCUAGUUUAGAACAAAAUUCAAAUGAUCAACAAACACAAAUUUAUGCACAUGCAAAAAAUAUUCCUCAAGAUUUUUCACAACAAAAACAAAUUCUUGAUUCAGCUACUGAAGAACAAACUAAAAAUCUUAAUCAACAAGAUAAUCAACAAAAUGAACCAAUGAUUAUUGAUAAUCAACAACAAAAAGAAGAAGAAGAAGAAGAACAUAAAUCUUCAACAUCAAAAUUACAAAAAGAACCAAUACAAAAAAGUAAAACAUCAACAAUUCAUCAACAACCAUCAUUAACAUCAGAAACAAAUGAACUAAAUAAUGAAUUUAAUUCUAUUGAUAAACCUUAUAUAUCAACAACAACAGUUGAACAUCAAUUUAAUUAUGUAUCUAAUGUUAAAUCAUUAAAUAAUAAUUUAACUGAACAAAUUGAAUAUCAAUUAGAAGAAUUUUAUACAAAUUUAAAGGAAAAUUUAAAGGAAAAUUUAAAUGAUGCUGAACAACUUUGGACACAAUUAGAAUAUUUAACACAACCAUAUGUUUUUGAAUUAUGUGAACAACUUCGUCUUUUACUUGAACCAACACAACGUACGAAAUAUUCAGGAGAUUAUAGAACAGGAAAACGUUUAAAUAUGAAACGUAUUAUUCCAUAUAUAGCAUCAGAUUUUCGUAAAGAUAGAAUUUGGUUAAGACGUUUAAAACCAUCAAAAAGACAAUAUCAAUUAAUAUUAGCUAUUGAUGAUAGUCAAUCUAUGGAUAAUUUACAAGUUAAACGUUUAGCUUUAGAAUCUUUAAUUUUACUUGGACAAACAUUAAAUUUAUUAGAUGUUGGACAAUUUGGUAUUGUUUCAUUUGGACAAUUUAUUAAAAUUUUACAACCAUUAAGUCAAACAUUUAAUCAUCAAAAUGGUAUUCAAAUACUUCAACAAUUAAAAUUUGAUCAAACAAAAACACUUUUAGCCGAUCUGAUGGAGUCAGUAACAUAUACAUUUAGUAAAGAGAAAGUCCAAACUUCAAAUCCUUUAUCGCAAUUAUUAAUAAUUUUAUCCGAUGGUCGUGGUUUAACUGUAUCUGGUAAAGAUCGUUUAUUAAAGAGUGUUCGUCAUGCAAUGUCACAAAAUAUUUUUGUUGUUUUUGUUAUUCUUGAUAAUAUAAAUCAUGAAAAAUCAUCAUCAAUCUUUCAAAUCAAUGAAGCUAUAUUUGUUGGUGAUAAAGUCGAAUUUCGUUCAUAUUUGGAUAGUUUUCCAUUUCCGUAUUAUUUAGUAAUACAAAAUUUAGAAAUGUUACCUCGUGCAUUAAUUGAUGUCUUAAGACAAUUUCUUGAACUAACUACAACUAAUAACAACAGUAACCAGUGA